AUGAGACUUUCGCUCCCUUUCGUUGCGCUUUGCGCAAUUCCUGCUGCUGUUGGCAUUGCCAUCCCCGACAGCUCAAAGGAGAUUGGCAAAAGCGACUACGACAAGCACCACGGAGAGCAUUACCAUGGAGUGCACAAGUACCAUCAUGGGGAUCACAAGCAUAAGCACAAGCAUCUUCAUCCCCAUGAGCAUAUCCACCACGUUCACCAUAAGCAUCCUAUCAAGCCUUGCCCUAUCCUUACCAAGGAAAGGGUUUGCAAGGACUUCCAUGAACUCACCGACGAGGUUGAGAAGGUGAUUCACGUUGCCCAGACCAAGGAUUGCGGCAACGAUGAGUCUUGCUGGAGUGGAGUUGUCUAUCACAUCUACAAGCUCGAGCACCGUCUUGAUGUCUAUGACAAGGAGAUCGAUUAUACUACACUCAAGAAGUGUUUCGGCUGCGGCCAGGAGUCUUAUAUCAUUGACUGCUACCUUGGCUAUGCCGAUGCGCUGAUCCGCCUUCUCAAGGUACUCAAGCACAAGACCAAGCAUCUUGAGGGUGAGGUUGAUCGCCCCGUCCUUACUGCUAUCAACAGUCUUCGAUCUGCCAACUACGCCCUGACUUAUGAGAUUGGUCGCCGCAUCAGCUGCAAGAAGACCCUCAAGAUCAUCAUGGAGAAGCAGGGUGCCAACGACGGCAGCACCAAGGGCAGCGUCCAGCAAGCUUUUAGCAAGUUCAUCUACACUCCUCUGAUCACCGGCGAGGACUUUGAGAACAAGGGUUCCUACGGCGACCCUCGAGAGGAGAAGUCGGAGAAGGAGUAUAACAAGGAGGUCAAGGUCUUCAAGCAUCACCACGAGCAUCACCACGGUCACCAUCACGGUCACAAGCAUGGCCAUGGCCAUCUUCAUGCUCACGAGCAUGGACACAAGCACGGCCACGUGUACCACAAGUACAAGCAUGACGAGUACAAGCAUGACGACAAGGACAAGAACGACGAGUACAAGCAUGACGACAAGGACAAGAACGACGAGUAUAAGCAUGAUGAGCCUCACUAUAAUCAUCUUUCUGUUCGUAACCGAGAUUGGCAAUUCGUGGACAAGGACAAUUACUCACUGGAACCCAGUAACGAUCACUACGUCAACAACCCUUAUGGUGCCUACCGCAGCAUACAGAAGGAGGAAGAGAGGAAAGAGAAAGAAAAUGAGGAGGAGCAGAGAGCAAAGGAUCUGGUGUGGUUGCGUCGAGAACAGAUGAAGGAAUUUGUUUGGGACAGGGGAUAUGCGCCAGAACCACCAGUGUGGCAUUCACCACACCGCAGCCCUUACAACCACUACAACGGCAAUCGUCGCUGGGAAUAA